UGAACAAACCCCGCCUCAUCUGUUUUUGCAAAAAGUUCCCUCUCGAUUUGUUACUAACCGCCAGUAAAGCCAAGAAGAAGAGUUUAAGGGCGAAUAUCUGACGAUGACGAAUUUUCAACCUGAAGCUACACCACGGUAUCAUUUAAGAUGAAAACUUUCAGCAUUUGGUUUCACAGUUCAGUUCAUCCUGCAUCUCCAUGAGAUGAUGUGUUCAGCUCCAGAGAAGUUUAAUCCUGCCUUUAACAAUGAUCUGUUGGGUGGCAACAUCUAUGUUACUGAUGAUUCUGAUGAGAGAUUUCAGAGUCGAUUCAGCCACAUGUCAUAUAACUGAGUACAGGACAGGUGAUGAAUGCUGUUCUGUGUGUCCUGCUGGGAGUCGUGUCAAAAUAGACUGUACAGAGUUUAAAAGCACAUCCUGCCAGAAAUGCUCAGAAGGGACUUAUAUGGACCUGCCAAAUGGACUAAAGAGAUGCAAUCCAUGUUCUACCUGUGAUUCAGGAGCUGGUCUGAAGGAAAAGCUAAGCUGUGAACUAACUACAGACACAGUUUGUGAACCAAUGGAGGGAUUCUUCUGUACAGACCUUAAAUCAGAAGGUUGUGCUGUAGCACAGAAACACAGGAGCUGUGAACCAGGACAGUACAUCAGCAGGAAUGGAACAGCCUCCACAGACACAGAAUGCUCUGAAUGCAGCAGUGGAUCAUUUUCUGAUGAAACUGUGUUUUCAAGUCAGCAACACAGACAAUGUGAAAAAGAAAACCUGCAGCUGAUAAAAGCAGGAACAGCUUCAGCUGAUGCUGAAUGUGGAGAAAAAAGUUCCAACACCACAGGAGUUGUGAUCUUUGUUCUGGUGGUUUUAUUAGUUUUAGGUGGAGCAGCAGUGAUUGGUAUCUGGAGAUAUCAAAAAACCAAAAAACCAACGGAGAGGCGAAAAGACGCAGAGGAACCUGUGUCCUAA